AUGGAUGACUACGAACAACAACAGCAAGCGCCCCUAAAAAUAAUAACACCCUCGUCGGCUGUGGAAAGCGGCAAAAAAGCGGGACGCAAAAAGGAGAAACGCCACUCCGUGCACUCGCCCAGGAGUCUGCCUCGACAAUCUCUGGAGCAGCGCAGGCGCAUGGAUCCUCCGGUGACGGAGGAAAUGUGGUUUAACUAUUCAGGGCACCCCAAGGAACCCUACAUGCCACAGCAAGGCAGCGUAUACAUGUUUGCCGCCCACCACUUGGUUCCAGAGGAUCGUGGCCGGUUUGACUGUCAGUCGAGCCAUGGCGAGGAGACGUCCUCCACUUCCUCCACCUCCUCUUCCUCGUCUCCAUCUGCCAGAAAACAUCGGCAUGGACACAAGGCAAAUGGACUCGCCAACAUGCAGUAUACCAGCAGCUCCAGCUCUGACGAGGAGAUCUACAGAGGCCAGAAAAUGAAACUUGUCGCACACCGUCUUGUUUCGACUUAA